UUGUCAAACUCUUCUUCUGUGGUAUUUCUGUAUGUUCCACCGGAUGUCGCUGCAGCUUCGUCAGACAGACUUACCGGAAGUACUUUUACUUUGUGUUCACGUCGUAUUUAGAAAACUUCAUGACGUCAUUAACUCACCUGUUUUUGGUUUAUUUCUUUUCUAACUCUUCUGUGGUCCGGUGACGUCACUCUGAUGAAGUCUCAGGAAAAUGUUGCAAAGUGAACCUCCACGUUUUAUUUUGAAAUAUCAGAAAAGAACAGCUUGUUUUAUUUUGGAAGUGUCCGGAAGCCGUGUGCUCCGCAGCUGUGCCUCCUCUCAGUCCGCUCCGGAUCCUCGGAACCUCGCUCCGGAUCCUCGGAACCUCGCACCGGAUCCUCGGAACCUCGCACCGGGCUGCAUUGUCUCACCGGACACUGAGGCGGACACCGCGGAGCCGCGGACCCGGUUCUGCUGUCUGACUGUGCGGACCGGCGUCGGUACUGACCGGAGACCGUCCAUCUGCGCGGAGGAGCCGACGGUGACGGGGGUCGGUGUCGGACCCCGCCGGCCGCUUCCGGACACCGUAGACCGACACUCAGCAGGUCCAUGUGUCCUCAUUGCUUGCUGUAGUCGGGUCGAGCUCUUCCCUCCAUCAUGUCGGCGGCUCAGACCCAGAAGGAGAGUGGCGAGCCGGGCUGGAGCUGCCUGGAGGCUCUGGGUCUCAGUCAGAAGGAGCUGGUUCUGGCCGAGGCCCUGCAGAUGGAGUACGACGCUCUCUCCAGACUCAAACAAGACAAGAGUGGUACCGGAACCAGCCAGACGCCCAGCUCCAGAGCGCCGAGCCAAACCCGUUCCAAGACCCCAAAUCCUACCGUAGAACAGCCCCGACCCGCGCAAGGACAGCCCGGGCCUGCCCCCACAGGAGGAGACCUGCUGAGGGGCCUCUCUGGGUCCGACCCCUCUCUGAACCAGCCUGGAGGGUCACAGUCUCCACACACCGUCCCAGCCAGGGUGCUCCCUCCUCAGGGAGGGUUCAUCAGAGAGCCCCUGUACAUCCUGGACAGUCCAGAGAUCAGCAAGUUCAGGGACGGCUCGGGUCCCAGCCUCAGCGACUCAGGUGGAUCCGGGUCAGGGUUUCUUUCCAAAGGCCUCCCCCCUCUCACAGACGACGUCCCCCCUGCCCUCCCGCCCAGAAACCCCAUCCCCCCUCCGUCAGGCUCAGAGAACCCCUUCCUGUCUUCUCGAGGGUCUGCCACGCCCCGUGACGUCAACCUGUUCACGCCUGACGUGGACCGACCCAAAGUGACCUCAGGGGAGCUGAACUAUGACAACAUCAACGACUCGCUGGCCCGCCUCAACGAGGGCCGGCCUCGAGGGCGCAGGGCCAACGGGGACCAAUCAGGCAAGCCUGUGGCUCGCAGUAAGACCCUCCCCCCUCAAGUCCCGCCCAGGACGUACAUGCCGGCUCCCAAGAGCAACAAGAACCAGCGCCGGGUGUCUGCUGACCCGGUGUCUCUGGUGUCCAGGAUGAAUGGGUUUGGAUAUGAGCUGUUCCAGGUGUCUGAGGAGAGAGACGAGGAGGUGGCAGCCUUCUGUCACAUGCUGGAUGUUCUACGGUCGGCGUACCCGCACAGCGACCGCUCGAAGAAUGCCGGCUUCGUCUGGUCUCCGUCUGUCGGUCCAGAGGAACUUCAUCAGGGACUGGGAGUCAGCGUGAAGGUGACCGUGAUCAGCGAGCACUUCAGAGAGCCGCUCACCUUCACCUGUGAUGGCUCGUCCACAGUCGACCUGCUCAUCUAUCAGACUCUAUGUUACGCUCAGGAUGAUCUGGAUCACCUUGACGUGGAUCUCUACCUGCUGAAGGUCUGCGGACACGAUGAGUACCUCAACAACUCUCAGACUCUGGCUGGUCUUGAGUUUGUUCAGCAGUGUCUGAAGUUCGACUGGGACGUCCGACUGUUUCUGACCAAGAGAUCAUCCAUCAGCACGGAGCUGAGCCGCACGAAGGAGGACGACGACAUGUUGUCCACCUUGAACCACGGCAUCCUGCUGCAGGAGCGUCCAAUCAAACAGACCGUCACCAGGGAGGCGCUUACUCUGUUGCUGGACACCUUCCACAACGAGGCUGAGUCCUUCCUGCUGUCUGAGGUGGAACUACCGCUGCAUGUGGAGCGUCUAGUCCAAUCAGUGAAGGCGCUCUGCAGCUCGUUAGCCGCCGUGGAGACACCUGACGUGACCUCCGCCCUCAACCAGCUCCCAGCAUGCCCCUGUCGUCUGCAGCCUAAAGUCCUGAAGGAUGCAUCAGUGCUGUCAGUCAGAGAGAACAGAGAGAAAGUGGUGGAGAAGCUGACAGCGGCCAUCCUGGAUCUGGUGGAGCUGUACUGCAGCACGUUCAACGCUAAUUUCCACACGACGCCGCAGAGCCACAGCUGCACGGCGCCAGUCCAGGAGGCCGGCCUCGUCAACAACGUGCUCUCCUUCAACGUGCACGCUGCUCACCGCAUCCCCAUCACCUGGGCUGCCAGUUACGAGGGCUUCUUCCUGUCCUGCUCUCUGACUCACGGCGGCGUGGAGCUCUGCGCACCGCAGCACACCAGCAAGCAGUCGGUCAGCAAAUACCUGUUCCACCUGGUGGUGUGGGACCAGAGGGUGUGUUUCCCGGUGCAGAUCAACCAGCUGCCCCGAGAGUCCCAGCUGACCGUGACGCUGCACGCCAGCUCGCUGCCGCCGCCCGGAGGAGCCGAGGAGAAGGGCAAGCAGCGCCGCAGCAUCGAGGCUCUGGGCUGGGUCACCAUGCCGCUGUUCAACUUCAGGCACGUCCUGACGUGUGGCAGGAAGUUGCUCGGUCUGUGGCCGUCAGCUCCAGGUCGGAGCAGCAACGCUCGGACGAGCUCGCCGAACUUCAGCCAACCGGACAGCGUGAUCCUGCAGACCGACAGUCAAACUGUCUGUCUCUUUGUCCUGUCUCUCUCUCUCUCUGUGGACUUCCCCUCAUCACCUCAGUCCUGUCGUGGUCACGUUCAGUACCCCCCCUCGGGCAGAGUUCGUCCCAGUACGACGUCUCCCGUCUGGCGUGGUCUCUGUGGUCUCUGCAGGUUGACGGUGGAGGACCGGCGCCUCCUGUGGGAGAAGAAGGCGUUCUGCCAGGCGGAGAGCGCCGCCCUGCCCCUGGUCCUGGCCAGCGCCCCGUGCUGGCAGUGGGCGUGUCUGCCUGACAUCUACGCCCUGCUGAGGCAGUGGGCGUGUCUGGGUCACCUGGACGCCCUGGGACUCCUCCACGCCUCGUUCCCGGACCAGGAGCUGAGGAGGACGGCGGUCCAGUGGAUGGACUCCAUCUCAGACCCCGAGCUGCUGGACUUCCUGCCUCAGCUCGUCCAGGCUCUGAAGUACGAGUGUUACCUGGACAGCUCGUUGGUUCGAUUCCUCCUGCGGCGAGCCAUCGGAGACAUUCGCAUCGCUCACUACCUCUUCUGGCUGCUUAAGGACAACCUUCAGGACAGUCAGUUCAGUGCUCGCUAUCAGCACCUGCUGGCCGCUCUGCUGUGCUGCGUCGGUCGAGGUCUCCGUGAAGAGUUUGACCGUCAGUGCUGGCUCGUCUCUGUCCUCACCAAGGUGGCUCAUAAAGUCCGAGACACUGCACUGUCCAGCCGACAGUGUGUCCUCAGAGAAGGUCUGGAGGAGAUGAAGCAGUUCUUCUCAGUGAACAGCAGCUGUCGGCUUCCUCUGAACCCGGCGCUGCUCGUCUCAGGGAUCAACAUCCAGUCGUGUUCCUUCUUUAACUCCAACGCUGUCCCUCUCAAACUGUCCUUCCAAAACUUGGACCCUCUGGGAGACCACAUCAACGUCAUCUUUAAGUCAGGAGACGACCUGCGGCAGGACAUGCUGACUCUGCAGGUGAUCCGGGUCAUGAACAAGAUUUGGAUCCAGGAGGGUCUGGACAUGAGGAUGGUCAUCUUUAAAUGUUUCUCCACCGGGAGAGGACGAGGUAUGGUGGAGAUGAUUCCUCAGGCUGACACUCUGAGGAAGAUCCAGGUUGAACAUGGAGUCACCGGGUCCUUCAAAGACCGACCGCUGGCAGACUGGCUGCAGAAACACAACCCUACAGACGAGCAGUACGACAAGGCGGUGGAGAACUUCAUCUACUCGUGUGCCGGCUGCUGCGUGGCGACCUACAUCCUAGGAAUCUGUGACCGCCACAACGACAACAUCAUGCUGAAGACGAGUGGUCACAUGUUCCACAUCGACUUCGGGAAGUUCCUGGGACACGCCCAGAUGUUUGGAAACAUCAAACGAGACCGCGCCCCCUUCGUCUUCACCUCCGACAUGGCGUACGUCAUCAAUGGAGGAGACAAACCGUCGAGCCGCUUCCACGACUUCGUGGAUCUGUGCUGUGAGGCGUACAACCUGAUCAGAAAACACACACACCUGUUCCUCAACCUGCUGGGCCUGAUGUUGUCCUGUGGAAUCCCUGAACUUUCUGAUCUGGAGGAUCUAAAGUACGUCUACGACGCUCUGAGGCCGCACGAGUCUGAGGCCGACGCCACCAUGUACUUCACCAGGUUGAUCGAGUCCAGUCUCGGCAGUGUUGCCACCAAACUGAACUUCUUCAUACACAAUCUGGCCCAGAUGAAGUUCACGUCGUCGGAGGACCGGCCCACUCUGUCCUUCGCUCCCAGAGUCCACACGGCCAAGAGCGACGGACUCAUCCGAAACCUGUACAUCUGCAGACACAUCCGCACAGUCAACAAAGGAUACGUGUUUGUUGUGAAGGUGGAGCGUGAUGGUCAGCAGGAGGCGCUGUUGGUUCAGAGGACGUUCGAAGAGUUUCAUGAGCUUCACAGCAAACUGAGACUCAUGUUCCCCUCAUCCAAACUGCCCAGUUUCCCAAGCCGUUUUGUGAUUGGUCGUUCCCGUGGCGAAGCGACAGCUGAUAGGAGGAAAGACGAGCUGAACGGUUAUGUGUGGCACCUGAUCCACGCAGCGCCGGACGUCGCUCAGUGUGACCUCGUCUACACCUUCUUCUACCCUCUGCCUCGAGACGAGAGACCAGGAACCACGAGCAGCAAACCGACAGGUACAGACACGUGGUCUCCGCCUUCAGGCAGAGCGCUCGGCGAAGUGAAACUGUCGAUCUCGUACAAGAGCGACAAACUUUUCAUCAUGGUGAUGCACAUCAGAGGACUGCAGCCCCUGCAGGACGGUACUGACCCGGACCCGUACGUGAAGCUGUACUUGCUGCCCGACCCACAGAAGACGAGCAAGAGGAAGACGAAGGCGGCGCGGCGCACCUGUAACCCCACCUACAACGAAAUGCUGGUGUACGAGCGGAUCCCGCGGGGCGACCUGGACCAGCGUGUCAUCCACCUCCGGGUUCUGGGUGACGGGGCGUUCUGGGAGAACACGGUGCUGGGAGAGACCUUCAUCCCCCUGAAGAGGCUGGUACCGGGUCAGCACUGGGUCGACUGGCACCAGCUGGGUGCCGCUGGCUCAGACUCCGCCCACUGACAGACAGGAAACAGGAAGCGGCGGGGACAGUUGUCGCCACUGGAACAGAAGACUAAAGGAAAGUCCUUUCAAAGUAAAAGCCCUGUGGCUCCUCCCAGGAAAGUCCUUUCAAAGUAAAAGCCCUGUGGCUCCUCCCUCUGUGUGUGAGGGAGCUUAACAUUAGCGUUAGCUUAGCAUUACUACGCAUUUUAAUUUUCAUGGCUUUAUUUUGAAGAGAAGACGGGGAUGAAGACACUUCCUUCCUGAUGUUUCUUCUUCACAUGAUUUGAUUGAUCACCGUCACAGUGAGGCAUGCUGGGAAAAUGAGUCAUUUUCCAGGACAAACAGGAAGUGAUGUCGCUGUACAUACAGAGCUUUAGCCUAAUGUUGCUAACAGGAAGUAGCUGUGCGGACAGGAAGUAGACUGACAGAUAUUUUUAUAGACGUGAGAUCAGAGCUCCGCCUCCUCCUGUCUGUGGUCCAGGUGUGAAGCGCUCUGCUGGGCUCUGAUUGGACCAACAGGUUCUGAUUGGACCAACAGGUUCUGAUUGGACCAACAGGCUCUGAUUGGACCAACAGGUUCUGAUUGGACCUGGGACUUCCUGCAGGUGUGUGUGCGCUGUAGAUGAGCGAGGACGUGACAGGAAACAAACCUCAUGGCGUCAGCUCUGGUCCAAUCAGCACCAACAGGAAGUCCAGUUCAUGAAACAGGAAGUUCAUAUACUGAAAUAUAUUGUGAAUAAAUCUGAUCCAGUCUGAAAGUUCUGUGGUUCUGGUUCUGUUCAGUGAUCAGUGAGGCCCGGACUGCAGCAGCCGUCACAGUCACUCAGACCGGAUCAAACAGGAAGCACUGCGCUCCGGGUCAGAGGAGAGAGAGACUUUGAUUGGAUGUUAAAUCAGGACACGCCCCCGAGUGCAGGAUGACAUCAUCAACAAGUUUUUACAGGUGGACAGAGGAGAGGGGGACAGGGGACAAGUAGACAGAGGAGAGGGGGACAGGUAGACAGAG